AAAAAGAAAAGCAAUUCCCGUUCCCGUCCUUCCUGAGACGAGAAGGCUAGGCUAGCUAGAGAAAGGGGGGGGGGAGGGGGCGACACCGAGGCGGGGGCAACGGGAGCAAGCAAGGCAAGGCAAGGCAGCAGCAUGGGGGAGAAGCGAACAAGACCGCGGGGCGCGCGGACGCCCAUGUGGACGCCAUGCGCGGACGCGGCGCGGACGUCGUGACACCUGCAGCCCCCCGGCACCCGGCCUGCACCGCCAUGGCCCUGCCGCCGCCGCCGCAUUGCGCCUCAAAACCCCCCUCCGCGCCUCCCGCCCUCUAGGCUCCCCGCUCGCCAAGGCCAAACCCCCCACCGUUCGGUUCCUGAUCCGGCCUCUCGGCCUCUCCGCUGGAGGUAGGGGACAUGGCGGAAGAGGCAUCGCCUCCGCCUCCGCCGCCCAAGCUGCUCUACAUUGCCGUCGCCGACGGCGGGGGCCGCCGGGCGUUCCGGUACACGCGCCCCGUGCUGCAGAGCACCCUGCAUCUCAUGGGAUGCAAGCCUCGCCAUGCCUUCAAGGUCCCUCUCUUCCUCCCUCUCCCCGCUCGCUCUUGCGUGUCAUCCUGCUUUGCUCCUAUAGCUUUGUUAUAAAUAAAUAAAUAAAAAGAAGCUCGGGUUGCUAUAUUAUGAUCGAGGGAGGCGGGCUGUCUGGUCCUCUAGCGCGGUGCGGUAGAUCCCUGCAUCGAAAGCUUAGCUUUCCGCUCAAUUUCUGCGGGGGCUUGGGCGUGAAUCACCUCCUCCGGCUGCAUGUCUGCUGUGUUGGCUGGCAUGUGUGUGGUUUGUGAUCGCCGAUUUUGACAAGAAAAAGAUUAGCAAGAGAGUAUUCGAUGUAAUGAAGAGUGAAUUCUUGGCUCAAUCAAAGUCAGACGGGGCAGGCAAACAAGAAAAUUAUCCUGCUCUUGGCCUUGGAGAUGGAACAGAUACUCAAAAAAUGCUGGAGAGAAGCGAUAGCAGCAUACCGUUUGAAUUAUACAAGAACCAGACUACCGUUGUUAUCUCAAGAGAGGAGUUUGUAAGUGUUGUAUGCGAUGCCCUCUCUUUGUACAAGUAUGUUGGACCCAACCAGAAAGCAGACCUGCUCCUCGCUUGCAGAAUUAAAGAGAGAAAGGAAUCGGUGACAAUACUCUUGUGUGGGACAAGCGGAUGCGGCAAGUCCACUUUAUCAUCUUUGCUGGGUAGUAGGCUGGGUAUCACGACAGUGGUUUCUACUGAUUCCAUACGCCAUAUGAUGAGAGGCUUCGCAGAUCAAAAACAGAAUCCUCUUCUCUAUGCCUCGACCUACCAUGCAGGCGAAUAUCUAGAUCCUAUUGCAGUUGCUCAGGCGAAGGCAAAGCACAAGGCGAAUAAACCCACGGUUGUUUCUCAUCCAAAUACCUGUGGAGGCACUUCUUCAGACGACAAAUCACAGCAAGGGUCCUCGGAACUACCUCCUAGAGCCGAACUGAUUGGCAGCAAGCAGAUGGCGGUAGAAGGCUACAAGGCGCAGAGCGAGAUGGUGAUCGACAGCCUGGACAGAUUAAUUACCUCCUGGGAAGAGCAGAAAGAAUCCGUGAUCGUCGAAGGAGUGCAUCUAAGCCUUAACUUCGUGAUGGGAUUAAUGAAGAAGCAUCCUUCCAUAAUACCAUUCAUGGUAUACAUCACAAACGAGGAGAAACACAUGGAACGGUUUGCUGUGCGUGCGAAGUACAUGACACUAGACCCAGCGAAGAACAGGUACAUCAAGUACAUCCGAAACAUCAGAGCCAUCCAGGAAUACCUGUGCAACCGCGCUGACAAGCACCUCGUGCCGAAGAUCAACAACACCAACGUCGACCAGAGCGUGGCCGCCAUACACGCCACGGCCUUCAGCUGCCUCCGCCGGCGAGCGGCCGGGGAGCAGCUGUACGACCUCAACACGAACACUGCUGCCGUAGUGGACGAGGAGUACAGGAACCAGCGUGCGGCCAACACCUUGGGUUCCAAGGGCAUGUUCCAGCUGAUCCAGAGGCAGGGGUCUUCGAGGAACCUUAUGGCGCUCCUCAACACCGACGGCUCAGUCACCAAAGCCUGGCAUGUAGGUGCCACUGACGGCGGUGGGGAAAAUCUUGGUGGUAAUACAAGCAGCGGCAAGAAGCCCGAUGAAAAUCGUGUGCUGGAUGCCUCGCAGAUUGGGAAGGCAGAGGCGGUCAACCUCCAGUUCGGUCCUUUCGGGAUCAGCGCCUGGAUGAGCGACACGGGUGGAACCAGCCAUGCUGGAAGUGUGGAAGACCUGAGGGCUGAUGGCGUGGAGACUGGUGGUAGGAAUUACUCGUCGUGCUGCAGUUCGCCGAAGACGUCGGAUUCCACUUCGAAGGAGCUUAUGGAGGACUAUUCGGUCUAUGUCAGCGAAGAAGAGGAAGAGGAGGAAGCUGACGACCCUUGUGAUGCUGAAACUGAUGAAGAUCUAUCCGAUGAAGAAAGAGACAUGCACGAGAUAGAUGCAGGCUCUGUGGACGAGCACUCGACCAAGUCAGACGAGGAGUAUGAGGACCUAGCCAUGCGCGAUGUGAUGGAGAGUGGCGACUGGUCCGACGAUGAGCAGCAAGGCGUCAGCAAAACCAAGAACUCACCUACCCUGGAGUGCAGCAUUCAUGGGAGUGGGGCAGCUGAAGAUGAUGGCAUAAAUGGCCGGUACCACCACAACCUGGACCUGUUCCUGAAGAUGUCCAAGGAGGUGGUAGCCAGCAACAGAAUGCCUUGCGCGUCGUCAUAGCCCCACCGGCCGGCGACACGCUGCCCUGGUCCCGGCGGGUGAUACGUUUCUUGGGCUGGUGCUGUAGAGUGGUGGCUGUGUCUUUGUAGCGUGUACCUGUGCAAACUACAAGAUGCCCUCACCUGGAUGUAAAGAGAGACCCUGAUGCUUUGUCCAGGCAACCAUGUUCAUCCAUACCAUGUAGUAGUAGGAGUAUUAGGGGGUGUUUGGGAACAAAGUUUUUCUGCAGUUUUGGAAGAAUACUGCAGUAUUCUCAAAUACUGCAGUAUUAUAUACAUAAUGGUGUUUGGUAAGCUGGGUAAAAUCUCUGUUUUCAAAACUGAAGUAUUGCAAAUACUAUAGUUGUUUUAAGGC